CUCAAGUCAGCCAGCUAGGCUAAUGUAGUACAGCGGAACCCAAGGAGAACUACAUUUCCCAGUGGAUAACGGGACUUGCUAUGUUUUCCCGUGCUCCUCUGGGCCUGUGGAGGCUUGCGCCUUGGGCGCUAUAGCAACGGUAGCUAGCUGAGGGCGAGCGCAGAGAUAGACCAUGUCUGGCCCAAGUGAUGAGACGGCAGGAGACCUGCCAGUGAAAGAUAUAGGUCUAAACCUCUUUGGAGUUGGAGGGUUACAAGAAACCUCAACUGCACGAACAAUGAAGGCUCGCCAGGCAGUGUCACGUGUCAGCCGGGAGGACCUGGAAGACAGAUUUUUGCGUUUGCAUGAUGAGAACAUUUUACUUAAACAGCAUGCCCGCAAGCAAGAGGAUAAAAUUAAAAGAAUGGCCACCAAGUUAAUACGGCUAGUUAAUGACAAGAAAAGAUAUGAGCGGGUUGGUGGCGGCCCCAAGCGGCUGGGACGAGAUGUGGAAAUGGAAGAAAUGAUUGAGCAGCUGCAAGAAAAAGUUCAUGAGCUUGAAAGACAAAAUGAAGUUCUCAAAAACAGGCUAAUAUCAGCCAAACAGCAGCUCCAAGUCCAGGGACACAGGCAAAGCUCAUACAGUCGUGUACAGGCUCGCAUUAACACCGGUCGCAGGAAAGCAAGCUCGAGUGCAGGCUUGCAGGAGUGCCCCGGGAAAGGUAUAAGAUUCCAAAAUAUAGAUGAAGCAGAAACUGUACAACCCACACUCACAAAGUAUGGCAGUAGUUUACUUGAAGAAGCCAGAGGAGAAAUAAGAAAUUUAGAAAAUGUUAUUCAGUCACAGAGAGGCCAGAUAGAAGAGUUGGAGCACUUGGCAGAGAUCCUGAAAACUCAGUUGAGGAGAAAAGAAAAUGAGAUUGAGGUCUCUCUUCUUCAGCUUCGAGAACAGCACGCUACAGAUCAGAGGUCAAAUAUUCGAGACAAUGUAGAAAUGAUUAAGCUUCAUAAACAACUAGUGGAGAAAAGCAAUGCUCUUUCAGUCAUAGAAGGAAAAUUUAUUCAGCUUCAAGAGAAACAAAGAACACUCAGGAUCAGCCAUGAUGCCUUGAUGGCAAAUGGAGAUGAGCUGAACAUGCAGCUGAAAGAACAACGUUUGAAGUGCUGCAGCCUCGAGAAGCAGUUGCAUUCCGCAAGAUUUUCAGAGAGAAGAGUAGAGGAGCUGCAGGAUAGAAUUAAUGAUUUAGAAAAGGAGCGAGAACUUUUAAAGGAAAACUAUGAUAAACUUUAUAACAGUGCCUUCAGUGCUGCCCAUGAGGAACAGUGGAAGUUAAAGGAGCAGCGGAUGAAAGUGCAGAUUGCUCAGCUGGAAAGUGCCUUAAAAUCUGAUCUAACAGACAAAACCGAAGUCCUUGACAAAUUAAAGACUGAAAGAGACCAAAAUGAGAAACUCAUGCAAGAGAAUAGAGAACUACAGCUGCAGUGUCUGCAGCAAAAGCAGCAGCUGGAUGAGCUUACAAACCGCAUGAAGUUUUUCAACCAGGAGAGUGAUAUUAAUGCUGAUGACCUGAGUGAAGCCCUCCUGCUUAUAAAGGCUCAGAAAGAACAAAAAAAUGGAGACCUUUCAUUUUUAGAAAAAGUGGACAGCGAAAUUAAUAAAGAUCUAGAACGUUCCAUGAAAGAGCUUCAAGCAACUCAUGCAGAAACAGUGCAAGAACUUGAAAAGACAAGAAAUAUGUUAAUUAUGCAACAUAAAAUCAAUAAAGACUAUCAGAUGGAAGUUGAAGCAGUGACUCAGAAGAUGGAAAAUUUGCAGCAAGAUUAUGAACUCAAAGUGGAACAAUAUGUUCAUCUUCUUGAUAUCAGAGCUGCACGCAUCCAAAAGCUUGAAGCCCAGUUAAAAGAUAUUGCCUAUGGCACUAAGCAGUAUAAAUUUAAACCCGAAAUCAUGCCAGAUGACUCUGUUGAUGAAUUUGAUGAAACCAUCCACCUAGAACGAGGAGAAAAUCUAUUUGAAAUCCACAUCAACAAAGUCACAUUUUCUUCUGAAGUCCUGCGGGCAUCUGGUGAUAAAGAGCCUGUCACUUUCUGUACCUAUGCUUUCUAUGACUUUGAACUGCAGACAACUCCCAUAGUGCGAGGCCUUCACCCUGAGUAUAACUUUACUUCUCAGUAUCUUGUCCAUGUCAACGACUUAUUUCUGCAGUACAUUCAGAAGAACACUGUAACUCUGGAGCUCCACCAAGCCUACAGCACAGAUUAUGAAACAAUUGCAGCAUGUCAACUGAGAUUCCAGGAGAUCCUAGAAAAAAGCGGUCGAAUAUUUUGCACAGCAAGUUUAGUUGGAACUAAAGGAGACAUCCCAAAUUUUGGCACAGUGCAAUACUGGUUCCGAUUAAGAGUUCCCAUGGAUCAAGCGAUUCGACUUUAUCGAGAGCGGGCAAAGGCAUUAGGAUAUAUAACAUCAAAUUUUAAGAAGCCAGAGAAAAUGCAAUUGUUGAGUCAGCAAGAACCCACAGUUGCUCAGAUCAAUUCAGCAGAGUCCGCAGAUGGCAACUUAAAUGAACUUCACAUUACAGUAAGAUGUUGCAGCAACCUGCAAUCCCGAGCAAGCCACCUCCAGCCACACGCAUAUGUUGUGUACAAGUUUUUUGAUUUUCCGGACCAUGACACAGCUAUCAUUCCCAGUAGUAACGAUCCACAGUUUGAUGACCACAUGAGUUUCCCGGUGCCAAUGAAUAUGGAUUUGGAUCGAUACCUUAAGUCAGAGUCUCUGAGUUUUUAUGUGUUUGAUGAUAGUGAUACCCAGGAGAAUAUUUACAUAGGAAAAGUGAAUGUGCCUCUGAUUUCCCUCGCACAUGACAGGUGUAUCUCAGGGAUAUUUGAGUUAUUAGAUAAUGAAAAGCAUGCUGCAGGAACUAUCCAAGUUAUAUUGAAGUGGAAAUUCACCUACCUUCCACCAAGUGGAUCAAUAACUACUGAAGACCUAGGGACGUUCCUAUGCAGAGAAGAGCCAGAGGCUGUUCAGAGACUACCUCCAGCAUCCUCAGCUGUUACAGCAGUUGUAGCACCAAAACCUAAACCAAGACAACGUUUAACACUAGUGGACAAAAAGGUCUCUUUUGUGGAUACCAUGCCGCACCUGAGUCCUUUCAAGGAGACCUUUUCUUCUCCUCUUCAAGAUAUAAAGGACAGUUCCCCAGAAAUGGCACAUACACCAGAAACAGAAAAUAGUGCGUCAGUUGUUACAUGUACUUCAAAGGAAAGCAGUAUAGCUGAGGAAGAAGAAAAGAUAGAGAAAAUGCAACAAGGAAAAGAUGACAUCUCUUUCCUAUCUGAGGGUCAGCUUACAUCACAAAGUGUGGCUUCCUCAGAAGAUGGAGCAGAAAUAACCGAAGAAUUGGAGCCAGAAGAUGAAGACAGAUCAACUUCAGAUAGUGACGACUGCAUCAUCCCAGGCUCCGUCUCCAUGAAAACCAAACAGCCAUCAGAGGAAAUUCGGAUUGAGAUCAUAGCUCUGAGCCUUAAUGAUUCUCGCAUAACCAGGGAUGACACUAUCCAGAGGCUGUUCAUUGAGUGCCGAUUCUACAGUCUUCCCGCAGAAGAGACUCCUGUGUCACUGCCCAAACCCAAGAAUGGGCAGUGGGUAUACUAUAACUAUACCAAUGUGAUCUUCCUGGAUAAGGAAAACAACCCAGCAGAGAGAGACAUCUUAAAAGCCGUACUGCAAAGGCAAGAACUGCCUCACAGAAGUGUGCGCUUCACCGUGGUCAGCGACCCUCCUGAGGACGAGCAGGACCUGGAGUGUGAGGACAUUGGCAUUGCUCAUGUUGACCUCACUGACGUGUUUCAGAAAGGAAGAGACCUCAUUGAACAGGAUAUUGAUGUUCUUGAUGCCCGAGCAGAUGGUGGCAGCGUUGGCAAGCUGAAGGUUACCGUGGAAGCACUUCAUGCCCUACAGUCUGUCUACGAGCAAUACAGAGAGGACUUGGAGGCUUAAAAGAAACUGUUCCAGAGGCAUCCUAUUUCUGAGAAAAUGCUCACAUGAAAGCUCCAAGAUGAGAUUUUGAGUAAUCACUCUGGUGUAUAUAAUCUAUAAUUCAUGGGAGCUGGGAGGGAGCGCCUGGGUUUAGGCUUGAAUGUUCAAGUUUUGUAUAGUUUUUGUUUGUUUAUUUUUCUAUCCCCUCCUCUCCAUGACUGCCACCCCUUAGGACUUCAGUGCUCCUAAGUGGGCUACCUUCUCAAUAAUUUAUAUCAACAUGAUAGCAUGAAACAUCUAUUUGCAUUUGCAACAUUUUCUUAUGAAGAACUGGGAGUAGUCCCAUUUUUAUUUUUCAUAACUAAAAGCCUAAAAUCUUAGGAAACCAAUGAAAAAGAAAUACUUUUUAUGUUAUCCCUAAUCGUCCCACUAAAUGGAAAGCCUCUGAUUAGCCUCAUUAAGACUUCUAUACUGUGAAGAUUUUAUUAGAAGCAAUAUAUGAAAAUUACUUGGAUUAAUGUGUUAAUCUUCCUCUUUAAAAUGCUAAUAUCCACUUUAUGCACAUUAAAACUCUGUAUGCAUUUUCUUUGAUGCAUGCAGUUUCUAUCAAUUAAGUAUAAAGAAGGAGACUUGGCACCAACUUAUUAAAUUACUCUUAGGUUUUGUUUGUUUUGUUUUGUUUCAUAAACAUUGUAGUAGUUCCAGGUUUUAUGAUAUUAGCAUGUUUGUAGUGCUGAUACGGGGUCCGGGAAUAUAUUUAAAAAGAUACAUACUUGCAUGAAAAGCACACCUUAUAAACUAAAGUUAUUACAUAGAAAAAGUUAAAAGUAUGGCUCAAAUUCUAAAAUGCUUCGUUACACAUGAAAUGAGACCCCUUUUUUUUUUAUCAUUUUUUAAACUUACAUCAAGCUUAUACAAUGCUGGGGUAUAUCUGGAUAUCCAGACCCUCAAAAAGCAGCUCCAAAAGUUAAUUUCUAGCUUUUACUCAGUCUUGCUGAAGGGUUUAAUUGAUAUUUUUAAUGGAGCUGUGAAUCAGUGCUGCAAAGGAAUUGUCUCUGGGGGUCUGAGAUAUAAUGCAUUUCAUUUUUUAAUUUACUUUUUUAUUUGUCAUUUUCUUCAAAGGAUUUUUAUAGGCUGUGGGUUUUCACUGUUUGCAAACAGGCUAUUCCUUCUUAAGCAUAUGUAAAGUAUUCAGGGAGAUAAGUAAUUUAUUAAAAUCUACCUAAUUUGCCGUGCUAUAUUAAAUCUCUGCUUCAGUGAUCACAGACCAUUUCAUUUAGAGAAUUAGGCAUUCCCUCUUUGUGUGAUUAAAGCUCUGGAAAAUGAGUUCUUUGCUCCUAUUUGUGAACAUUCAAAGCCUGCUAAUGGCAGGAAGAUGGAAUAGAUUAUGAGACAAUUCAUUACAGUUCAUCGGGGGAAAAGCAGCUAUAAUGCAAAAAUGCAAGUAUGAAUAUCAGCGUACAGUUGAACCAUCUGUGCUCUAACGGCUUCGGUGAUGGCUCCUCCUUGGGAGGCUUUGAAAUGACAUUCGUACGAUAUUAAUUUGUUGGCGCACUUUUUGGGACCAGUAGAGUAUGAGCUGACCACAGAAUUCUAUAAAUUCUGUCUGUACCAUUGGGCACCCCUGUCCUCAGACCUGCCAUCUCAAAAAGGAAUCUCGCUCUCAUCAAACUCUGGAAAUCUUCAUAACAACUCAUUCCUCUGGAACCUUCUGUUGACCACAAACAUCUGCAGACAAAACCUCUCCAAUCCUAGUAAACAACCACAUGUUUGUUGUCACUUUAGCUGGCUCUGAGCUCAUCUUUUGGCCUCCCUUUCUAGCUUUCUUUGGCUUUCUGCAGCUACAGUGUCAUUAAGGCCCAUAAUAUUCCCUACAGUGAUUUAAAACAGCCAGAUUAUACCCUAGGAUUAGCUGAGUGGUUUUUGAGACAUUUAUUGUGGUAUGCUCCUAGGAGGCAUGCAUUAUUGUUUUAAAAUGUUAUAUCCAAAACUAAAUAAUGCUUUCUGCAGGGAGAAAAAUGAAAUGGUGCUGACUUCUUAGCAUCUUUAAGUGGAGACAGGGAAGUGUUAGUCUGAAAAUGUCUACAAGCGAGUCAGCUGUAUAGAAUCUAUACCUCAAGCAAGAUUGGGGAUUUAUCCAGGCUUCUCUUACAUUUGUAUUUACUGGCUUUAAAAUUCUCAACCACAGACUCCUGCAGAUGUUGCCAAUACUCACCUCACAUGUGAUGGUGACUAAAGGGAGAAGUCGAGUGCGUGCCCUCAUGUGAAGUCUUCUGGCAUCUUUGUCUAGUCAUGUGCUAACCGGAGUUCACUGAAAAGUUCACCUCCCCUUGGAAGAAAGUGUUGUGGUCUCUGUGAGCCAGGCCUGCUCUGUUGAAAAUGGUUGGGAUGUGAGGGCUACCAGGCACACAGACACAGCAGUGGAGGAAGCCAUGCAGCUCUCAGGAACUGCACAGAACACUCAGCACUCUGGGAGCUGUAAUGCUUUUAGUUUGAAAAUAAAAAUAGAGAUGUGAUGUGGCGUGUGGGAGAGUGUAUUAUACAUGGUUUUUUUGCCUACUGUAGUAGAAUGUCAAAUUCCUAGCCACUGUCAUGAGAAGCAGUUGACAAAAAUAAGUUUUAUGGUUUACAGUGUGGUUUACGUAGAGAACAUUUCUCUUCACUCUCGGUUUCAACAUGUUUUCUCAAUUAUCAUGGUUUGUUGCCAUUUAACUUAAAUUAGUUUUUUUUUUAAGAAUAAAUAGAGACUAUGUUUAAUCAAAUAAAGAAAAGCCACAUUGAAAUUC